CGCGCGUGCAUUAUACCGUUCUUCCGUCACUGAAACGCGGAGCAGCUCCGCGGAAUCCUCUUUUCUCACAAUAUUAACUGACAUCUACGAACGGCCCGCCUCCCUCUCUCUCUCUCUCCGGAUUCGCGCGAACGCCUGUCUCUGAAGAGCUUUGGAUUUUGGUAUCUCAAAAACCCUAGUUUAAGGAUACGAUGGUAGCUCAACACAUGUACUCUUUACCUGCUUAUGCGUUCAUAGCACAAGACUUUACUACUCAAGCUGCGUUAUAUUUGGUAGAUGGAAAGUAAAUGAGGCAAUUGCAGAAUUAAGCUAAGGAUUGAGCUUUCAUCCAGCGGAUUAAGUCCAUGGUUCUUGUUGAUUUUGUGUGAGAAAAAGGCAUAUGCGACUCUUAAUUGUGAAAUAUGGAUUCAGAAGAAAAAUUCAUGGCCAGAGUUUCUGGUGUCCAAAGCCUUUCUUCAAGCGUUCAGAGCACUCCGGAGAAAAAUGGGCAUUCUGAUGAUGUUACUAAAAGUCCCGAGCUUCUCCAAAAACUCCUGAAAUUGGGUCCAAAAAAGGAGCUUCUCCGAACCCUUGCUGACAAGGAGAAGAAAUUUUUUAUAAGAAGCAAAAUGAUAGAAUUUCGAAGAAUAAACAAGAGUAUUAAGAAGCAAGACACAAAAAAGGUUGCAUCUAGCCUCAACAAUCAGUCUUCAUCGAGAAAGCAACUUAGGAAGACAGAAAAUCCUUCUCGUCUACCCAUAGUUACUGAUCAGUCUUCAGAUUUUGGGCAUUCUAAUUCCUGGAUUUGUAAAAAUUCGGCUUGUAAAGCUGUUCUUUCAAUUGAUGACACUUUUUGCAAGAGAUGCUCUUGCUGUAUUUGUCACCAGUACGAUGACAAUAAGGACCCUAGUCUUUGGCUAGUAUGCACUACCGAAUCUGGUGAAGGAGACUCAUGUGGGUUAUCUUGUCACGUUGAGUGUGCUAUUCAACGUGAAAAGGUUGGGGUUGUUGAUCUUGGGCAAUUGAUGCAACUUGAUGGCAGCUAUUGUUGUGCUUCUUGCGGUAAAGUCACUGGGAUACUUGGAUGCUGGAAGAAGCAGCUGAUUAUAGCAAGGGAUGCCCGUCGGCUUGAUGUACUUUGCUAUAGGAUCUACAUGAGUUACAGGCUCUUAGAUGGGACUUCGAGGUUUAAGGAAAUGCAUGAAAUUAUAAAGGAUGCAAAGGUCAAAUUAGAAGCUGAAGUUGGUCCGUUAAAUGGAAUUUCAGCCAAGAUGGCACGUGGUAUAGUCAGUAGACUCUCUGUCGCAAGUGAUGUGCAGACACUCUGCUCCUUAGGCAUUGAAAAGGCAGAUAAAUGGCUGGCCGCUGCUUCUAAUGCGAAUCCGAAUUACAGAGAGGAUUCUCUUCCAGCCGCUUGUAAGUUUUUGUUCGAAGAGAUUACAUCUUCAUCUGUUGUAAUAAUUCUUUUUGAGCUGUCUAAUACAUCAUCAAACGGUGUUAAAGGAUACAAACUCUGGUAUGAAAAAAGUAGAGAAGAGUUGCACAUGAAAGAUCCCAUUUGUGUAUUUCCAAGAUCUCAAAGGCGAAUUAUGAUAUCGAACCUGAAACCAUGCACGGAAUACACCUUUAGAAUUAUUUCAUAUACUGAUAACGGCGACUUGGGUCACUCGGAAGCAAGGUGUUUUACUAAGAGCGUGGAGAUAAUUUCCAAAAAUUCGAAACUGGCAGCCAGUUCAAAUUGCAAAAGAGAGCACACUCACAUUGAAGGAAGUUCUUGUAGCAAGAUGGGGCCCGACAAUACCAAAGUUGUUGGUUCGGCUUCUCAGUUCAAGGUUCGAGAUCUCGAAAAGAUUCUGCAUCUUCCAUGUGAUCAAGAUCAGGGCUGCAAUGAAGGGUUUUGCAGUGCUGAUGCUGAAAAAUGCUGUGGAGUAGGCAAGGUGGUCAAGCCCGAAACCCCAGAAGAACAGUUGCUUCCCGUUUCCCGUGAUCUUGACUUGAACGUGGUCUCGGUGCCUGACUUGAAUGAAGAAGUGACUCCUCCGUUCGAGUCCUCAAGGGAUGAGGAUGACGGAUGCACUUUGCAGCAGGUUGUUGGGGCAGAUGACGAUGCUGCUUCUCAUGACAAGGAGAAGAAUGGUCUUGUGGGAUCCCACGGUAGCGGCGACUCUCAAACAUGGACGGGUGGCAGGAGAGGGGAUGCGUCUGCUGUUGAUUCUGGGGUGGCAUUGUGCAGGAAAAGAGGCACCAGCUCAAAUGAAGAGAUUCAUGAUUGUGAUAGCACUCUGAUAAAUGGAUCUCCAUUCCGUAAUUCCAAUGGUUCUUGCUGCUUGGAUGAGAAUUUUGAAUAUUGCGUCAAGAUAAUCAGAUGGCUAGAAUGUGAAGGAUAUAUAAAGCAGGAAUUCAGAUUGAAAUUGCUAACAUGGUAUAGCUUGCGAUCAACUGAGCGCGAACGUCGGGUAGUUAACUCCUUUAUUCAAACCCUCAUUGACGAUCCUAGCAGCUUGGCAGGACAGUUGGUUGAUUCAUUUUCUGAUAUAAUUUCCUGCAAAAGGCUGCGAAGCUGAUUAUGCCGAGAAGUUCUAGCGAUGGAAUAAGGGCAGCAUCGCUUUCUAACGUAGAAGAUUGCUGUUGGCCAUAUCGUAAAAGUUUCUCAAUUUACGUUGACCUCCUAUUGUUUGCCAUUCUCGUGCAGGUAUUUUUAUCCCUGGUCACUGUCUAAGUGAUGAUGGCCUUAUGCCAAGGUAAAAUUCUCAGAUUGCAUCGAUCGGCAAUUGGGCGAUUUGCGAUUGGAGGUAAUGCUUGGAGGCAUUUGUUAUCUCUCUCAGACUCCAAUUGCAUUUGAAACAUAACAUUAUAAUUUAAUCAUGGAGGAUAUAUGUUAUUUAGAAUCUCUUUGAUCAUUGCCUUUAAUUCAAGGGAGGAGUACAUAAUAGUCAGCUUGAUUCUACUUGACAGCUUUUAAUUUCUGUUUCUUUCUCAAUUCAUUAUCUAUUUCUUAA